AUGACUAGUAUAAUCAACUCAUGGGUUUCAGAGGAGUUAGGUUUACAAGGCCAAUCGGUCGAAAAGGCUUUUAGAACAGGCUACCUCCUAGGGAAACUUUUACACCACCAUAAUAAAUUUCAGAAACUUCACAUGCUUAAAAACUCCAGUUCGUCGGCUGCAGUAGUACAAAACUUCACAGUUCUUCAGUCCGUUCUCCAAGACCUUGGGAUAAACAUAGAUGCAAAUAUGACCCAUGAUAUCAUCACUGAAAAGCCAGGAAGUAUACAGAAAAUCCUUUAUCAAAUUUAUGUUAUGUUAAAUGGAACGAAUAGCUACCUUCAUCAUGAUUCCGCUAACUUCUGUAACUAUGACCAUUCACAACUGAAUACUCUUCGAAACUUGUCCUACAAGCAUCAAUUAAAGCAGCUCAUGCAAAGGCAAUCAGAUAUUAGUUUGGCACAGAUUUUAUCACGUUUCGAGAGACAAAAACAAAUCAAUGAGCAACAGAUGAAAAAAGCAGAUCUUGAAGCCUUAUUAGAAAAAGAUGCUUUAAUCCAAAAGCACAGGAGUUCAAGGCUUCAGAGAAGUUACGAUUUACGCGCAAUACAGUCUGAACUAAUGGCUAAAUUAGAAGCAAAUAUCAUCAACCUACCGAAGUCAAUUGGGAAAAAGAUACAACCUGAGAGUGUUAAUACACAAAAAUUAACAAAUAAGAGUAGUAUCAGCUUGAGAGAACUAGAUGAAUUUGAUUCACGCUACGGAAGCCGAGAACGAAACAACAAUAAUAAUACGUUGAACCUGCAAGACAAGACCAAUGAACUAUUAUAUUCAAACAGCAAGUUGGAAGCAAUGAAUACAUUGGCAAGUGAUCUUCAUAAAACAGCUACCAAUUAUAUGAAACAAAUCCAUGAGAAAGUUCAAGAAGAAAAAAGUGCAGUAUGCGAGCGUCAGAAAAGGAGAAGACGUGUUAUUAUGGACAUUUUAGAAGCACAUCAUAUGCAGCAAGAGGAAAUUAGAUCACUGCAAAUGAUGCAGCGUUUGUCACGCCAGUCUCACUUGGAAAGCCGCAUUUCAGUGCAGCUGGGACAAAUCAAACAAGAAAAACUGAAUCUUUUGGAAAAUCGUCUUGAACGCGAAAGACAGUACGAGGCCCGAAGGGAAUUGGAAUUUCAGCUUGCAAUGGAUCGUGAAAGAGAAACGGCGAUCCAGCAGAAAGAAGAAGAGAAGGAGAAAAUUGCCGUAUUAAAACAAUUUUGGGAGGAACAAAAAGCUAAAAGACGUCAGGCUGCAUACAAGCGUCACUAUGAUUUUAUUCAAAACGAUAUUAUACCACUGUUAUUACAAUUUGCUAUGAAUGUUGCUGAAUAUCGGACGUACACUGGAAAACUUAUUCCAUUGAGACUAUUCCGUCAGUGGAAAAUUGAAUUUAUACAUGGCUUGUUACUAGAUGAUUCACUUCCAAAGCCAAAACAUAUUGAAGAUCCUGUUGAAGAAGAACUUACGAACCAAGCCGAUCAGCUCGAGUUGGUACCUAGUCAAGUUUUGGAGGAGCAACAAGCAUUACUUGAUGACUGUGACUUGGAUGAAUACCAAAAUCUAGUGGGUGACUGGGACUUGACAAAAAUUGGUACAGUUCAUAUGAAAUCAUUGCCAAGUGAACUAACACCACACAUCCAAGGUCAGCCUGUUGAAUGGAUUGAUUUUCAUGAUGAAUUGAAAUCUAGUGAAUUGAAAUUACCAAAUGAUAUCUGUCUUCUUAAAAGUAAUCCAGUUCUAGAGUGGAUUAUUAAACGACUUUACAAAAUCAACUACCCAGCAGAUUGCCUGUCUAAUAAGUGUACUUUCCUAUAUCUAGACCAUCGGUGUAUUGGAAUAAAUCCACCCCGACUUAUCAGAGAAGCAUUAAAAGCCUAUGAAAACAAGGAAACUGAGGAGUGUUUCGGAGAAACAGCCGAAGUUUUGAACUUGGAAGAGUUGAAGCCUAUGCCAUCUUCAACAUUGUCGUCUAGGGCCAAACUUGGGGAAAUCAUAUGGAAUGAACUAAAAAGCGGAAAAGAAGUAUCUGACAGUCUUAUAGUCGACUUAAUAUAUGAAAAGAUUAAGACCCUUCAGCCCACAACAGGAUUUAUACUUGAUGGGUUUCCAGCCACUUAUAAUCAAGCUAAAUUACUUGAAGAGAAGUUAACUACAUGUAAAUCAGAAAAUAAUACGCCAUCGAAUAAUUCAUCUACAAGACCGAAAUUAGAAGAUAUGAAACGAUCGAAAGGGUUAGACUGCGUACUCUUAAUAGAUAUAUCAGAUGAAAUUGUUUUAAAGCGUUUAGCGCAUACAACGUUAACGAAGGUGGACUCAAAUUCGUCUUCAGCAUUAAUGACACUGGAUGCUCAGGAGGACAUAAAAACAAAUCCAGUAUCUUUUCACAGUGAUCCAGCUGAAAAUGAUAGUCAUGGUGCGAAAGAUAUAGCGGAUCCUGAGAACUCCACAGCGCAACCAGAUAGUUUUAACUAUUCCUUAACUCUACAAGAAACAGAAGGAAAUAUAACUGAAAGAUUAAUUGGAUUUAUACAGUCAUGGCCCAAGCUGUAUAAAUUCUAUCACAAUAAAUUAUCAAAUCUUUGUGUAGUGAACCUAACAGAUUUACUGGUCAAUUCAACGUAUACGCAUGAUUUUACUGAGAAUAGCAGCCAAGGUGAAAUUGAAUAUGAUCGUGAAACAGACCAUGAAUCAACGAAAUUAGCAGUUUAUUUAGAAAUUGAAAGACAAAUUGAACUGUUGAUCGAGCAAAAGGAAAAAGAUCGAACCAAGACACCAGGGACUCCUACUAAUAUAGAUCAGAAUGAAGAUACGGAAAGCAGGCGUACACUGCUACCGAGUUCUACCAGUGAAGUGGUGGGCAAUGUAAAGGAUGGUAAGAAAUUAGAUUUAAACAGUGACAACAAAGAAGAUGAAAAUAUGAAAGUGACAAGGGAAAAUACGGGUUCCUCACCACCAGCACCACUCGAACGUCCUAUGACAGCUAAAAUCUCACCUAGUGCCAAGAACUCCAGAAAUUCCCGACAAAGUGAUGCGAGCAAAAGAGAGAAGAGUGUUGAAAGUCACAGGAAAUCAGCUGAAAGAAGAUCUCCAUCUACAGGGAAUACUUCGAAGCACAACGACAGUAAAGGGAAGAGUACAAAUUCAGGGGAUCAUAACAAACAGGUAGAAUCUCUUAAUAGGACAAAGUCUAGAAGUCGUUCUAGUAGUGAAAAGAAACAAUCAAAGAAGGCGAAAUUAAAGCCUAACGACUCACCACAGUUGGUUAAACCACCUGAUGAAGAUCCAACUCCUCGGCCGAAAUUACCACAACCUGGCGAUGAAAACUAUAGGUUUGUAGAUAUACCAAUCAUGCAAGAGACUGCACAGACAUUAUUAAAAUUAUGGGAUAGUACAGAAAAUAUAUACCAAAAGAAUUUGAAGUCGAUCUUCCGUGAAAUUCGCCUCCUCAAUACAAAUGUUAUACCAUACAUGUAUUAUAUUAAGCAACAAUUUUAUAACUAUUUGUACAGACCUGAUUCAAAACAACAUUUUGUCAACCAGUUUAUCAGUGCAUUUAAUUCAUUACCAAAUGACAUGCGAGCAGACAGAGAAACAAAAGCUGACCUACACUGUCGAACAGAUGAUCUCCGUGAUACUCUGUACGAAAUUAUAGAUGAGUCAAAGCAAGCGAAUGAAAAUCAAUUAGAGACAUUGCUUGACAUUCCUGGUUGGUUUACAGAUAAGGAGAAAUUAUUGGUUAAUUUAUACCUCUCCCUGUUCCAAGUUGAAUUAACCCAGUUUCAAGAACAUGUACAACUAAUAAAAGAUUACUACAAUGCCAUGGAAGCCAAACCUCAAACAGUCGAAGGUGAACCAAUCCAGUCUUUGGCUGGAACAGUGGAUGCAAGUCAUAUGGAAUAUACAAGAAUACCACUACUGAAACUUCCCGACGAUCAGUCAGAAAAUAAUGAUAAUUCUGAUCUGCGCAAAAGUGCAUCCACACGACAAAAUUCGUCAAGAUCCAGUUCAAAUAAAGGAAGCAAAACAAAACUUACAGAUUCAGGAAAUAAUUCCUUAUCACGAUAUCCAACCCCAAUUGAUUCAAAGUUUCAGAACUUGCCUAUCGAAUUCCGUAGUCAGAUUAAUCUACUGAAUUACAAUUCCUCGUUACAAGAAGUGUUUGCAUCAUUUAGUAAAAGUGGAUUCGCUUCGGCUACUCAAAAUAAUGCAAUGCAACCAAAUCAAAAAGGAACUAAACCUACUGGUGCCGGUAAAUCUAAUCCAGCACAAGAAAAAAUAUGUCUAUCAAAUCCGACCAAUCUUCUUUUGGAUAAAACUACCUCACCGUCGGAUCCACCCUUGCAAUUCCUGUAUAAUGUUUGUUUAAGCGUAAUUCAACUUGUUGCAAGCCAGGUGCAAGCAGAACGGAAUUUAAGAGCUAGUGAAGCCGUACUGGAUGGAUAUACAAUGGAAUCGGCGAUUAAACCUAAAGAUUCGAAAGUGAACAAACCCGGGUCUGCCGAAAAAAAUAAGGGUGGACAAGCUCGUAAAGGACCAAGAAAAUCUAUCGCAUCCAAAGACAAAGCUUCUAAAUCUGAUGAACAUUCAUUUACUCCAGUGGAACUGACUGAUGAAGAACAAAGAGCUCGAGAAGUUAGACAGCAUAUUCGAGAGGAAUGCAUAACUGCAUUGGAAAGAGAAGCCGCCAAAACUGCCUUUCGUCUCACAUUGAUACGAGCCCAGGGGACAGCAAUUAUUUCAGAUUUACAACAAAAGAUACUGCAACUGAGACAAUUUAUGACAGAUUGUAUUGGAAUUAAAACAUUAAAAGAACAUGAUGCCGUGAAUGGCCUGCUUGAAGUUAUACGAUACACCAUUGAAAAAGAACAAAAACUACCAGAAAGAAUGAUUUUGGAUGGUGAACAAUUCUAUAUUGAUGAGACUUGUAUUGCAUCACUCACUCAUGAUGAUUUCUCAAUGAUAGAGAAGUUUAGAAUCUCUUCCCCGAUUCCGAAGAAACUAAGUGAAUCAGAACCUCAGUAUUUUAGCCUCGUUCAGCUGAAAUACCUGCUAAACGAACUUUUAGCUUUGGCUGACUCAGGAUUUAUUGAUGUACCUAGUUUCAAAGCUAUACUGAAACCCAUUGUCACAGAACGCAUUGCCGAGUUGACAGGAUCUUCUUCCAGUGACAUGUCAAAUGAAUUACUUGAAUGUUUUGUACACCAGUACCGUGCAUUAUUUGAAUCAGAUUCUAUGAAGAAUCCAAUUUUAUUAGAUAACAACAAUGAAGUGAUCAAUGUUAGCACGAAAGACAAACGUCAAGUUUACUAUGUCGAUUGGCGCCAAUUCUUAUUAGCGGCUGCUCAACCUGCUAUUACACAUCACAAUUCCACUUUGAUCACUCAAUCCAGUCUUGUAAUAUUAUCUCAAAGAUUAAUGGAACUUGAUCAGUCAGUUCAACAUGAAAGUCUGCUAACUGUUAACGUCACUCGAGCUCAGUUUCAGUUUGCUUCAUUUAAAUGGUUUCCGACUGGAGUUAAGCACUACGAAGAACUGCAUGACUUUGUAUUUGGUAUAUUUGCUAAAUCAGCUGAGGCGAAUUCUAAAGUCAAUCAGCGAACAGAAAGUAAAUCCAAUUCACAGUGUGGAGCGAAGCCAUCACUUGAAGAGACUAUCGACUGUUCCGAUCUUAUGCUUUACAUAUCACUUUUGGAAGUAAAAACUCCCUACACUGGUUUCCUGCGUUGUCUGUCCAGUCUUCUUGGUAGACAUGUUCCGUAUAUUUCUGUUCAUGGUCUAUUAACAGUAGACCAAUCUAACAUGGAAACGGAAGGUGUCCCUGAGCAGUGCCCUGAUGAACCUAUCACCAAAGAAGUUUUGGAAAAGGUUUUCAGUUUUGGUCUAGUAAAAUCAUGUCAAAGUCGAAAUAACUUCUUACAGGAACCACAGGUACUUGACGCAUCCGAACCAGGGACCUUCUUGAUAUCAGAUAAACUUCGAGACAUUUAUAGUAGCCUUGAAAUUACUGGUCAAUUGCCAACACUUCAUAAUUUAUUGCAUAAUGCGGACUUUCAAAAUCUACUACUGAAUUCAUUGUCGCGUUUCAAGGGGAUACCACAAUUCUCAGAGCCCUGGCCAUUGAUACUAUCAUCAGUUGUGUCGAGUGACUAA